GCCGGGAGUGGGGAGCGGAAGCGGUGGCGGGCGGCGCUGGGACCCGGGAGCGGCCGGAGAACAAGGGAGCUGGCGCCCGGGCCGGCGGCUGAGUGGGGCUGAGCAGCGGGCCGCGCCGAGCGCAGAGCUCUGCCGGAGAGGCCCGGCCCCGCUGCCCAAGGAGGCCGCGCGCCGCGGGGCCGAGGCCGGAGCCAUGGGCGAGACCAAGAUCAUCUACCACCUGGACGGCCAGGAGACGCCGUACCUGGUGAAGCUGCCCCUGCCCGCCGAGCGCGUCACCUUGGCGGACUUUAAGGGCGUUCUGCAGCGGCCCAGCUAUAAGUUCUUCUUCAAGUCUAUGGACGACGAUUUUGGGGUGGUGAAGGAAGAGAUCUCGGACGACAAUGCCAAGCUACCUUGCUUCAAUGGCCGGGUGGUGUCCUGGCUGGUAUCUGCCGAGGGCUCGCACCCAGAGCCGGCCCCUUUCUGUGCUGACAACCCGUCAGAGCUGCCACCUUCGAUGGAACGCACAGGAGGCAUUGGGGACUCUCGACCCCCCUCCUUCCACCCUCAUGCUAGUGGGGGCAGCCAGGAGAAUCUGGACAAUGACACGGAGACCGACUCCUUGGUGUCUGCCCAACGAGAGCGGCCCCGACGGAGGGACGGCCCCGAGCACGCGGCCCGACUCAAUGGAACCACAAAGGGUGAGCGGCGACGGGAGCCAGGCGGCUAUGACAGUUCAUCUACGCUCAUGAGCAGCGAGCUGGAGACUACCAGUUUCUUUGAUUCAGAUGAGGAUGAUUCCACCAGCAGGUUCAGCAGCUCCACAGAACAGAGCAGUGCCUCACGCCUCAUGAGAAGACACAAGCGGCGGCGGCGGAAGCAGAAGGUCUCCCGGAUUGAGCGGUCCUCGUCUUUCAGCAGCAUCACAGACUCCACUAUGUCUCUCAACAUCAUCACCGUCACUCUCAACAUGGAAAAGUAUAACUUCUUGGGCAUCUCCAUUGUGGGCCAAAGCAAUGAGCGAGGUGAUGGAGGCAUCUACAUUGGCUCCAUCAUGAAGGGUGGGGCUGUGGCAGCUGAUGGACGAAUUGAGCCAGGAGAUAUGCUACUGCAGGUAAAUGAGAUCAACUUCGAGAACAUGAGCAAUGAUGACGCAGUCCGAGUCCUUCGGGAGAUUGUGCACAAGCCAGGGCCCAUCACUCUGACUGUAGCCAAGUGCUGGGAUCCAAGUCCUCGCGGCUGCUUCACAUUACCCCGGAGCGAGCCCAUCCGUCCCAUUGACCCUGCAGCCUGGGUCUCUCACACGGCAGCCAUGACAGGCACCUUCCCCGCCUAUGGCAUGAGCCCCUCCUUAAGCACCAUCACCUCUACCAGCUCCUCCAUCACCAGCUCCAUCCCUGAUACAGAGCGCCUAGAUGAUUUCCACCUCUCCAUCCACAGUGACAUGGCGGCCAUCGUAAAAGCCAUGGCCUCCCCUGAGUCAGGGUUGGAGGUCCGAGACCGCAUGUGGCUCAAGAUUACCAUUCCCAAUGCUUUCAUCGGCUCGGAUGUGGUAGACUGGCUGUACCACAACGUGGAAGGGUUCACCGACCGUCGGGAGGCCCGCAAGUACGCUAGCAACCUGCUGAAGGCUGGCUUCAUCCGCCAUACCGUCAACAAGAUCACCUUCUCCGAGCAGUGCUACUACAUCUUUGGCGACCUCUGUGGUAACAUGGCCAACCUAUCGCUUCACGACCAUGAUGGCUCCAGUGGCGCCUCUGACCAGGACACACUGGCUCCUUUGCCGCACCCAGGAGCUGCCCCUUGGCCUAUGGCUUUCCCUUACCAGUAUCCACCACCUCCGCAUCCCUACAACCCACACCCAGGCUUCCCAGAACUGGGCUACAGCUACGGUGGGGGCAGCGCCAGCAGUCAGCACAGUGAAGGCAGUCGGAGCAGUGGCUCCAACCGAAGUGGCAGCGACCGGCGCAAGGAGAAGGACCCAAAAGCUGGGGACUCCAAGUCAGGUGGUAGCGGCAGUGAGUCAGACCACACUACACGCAGCAGUCUGAGGGGGCCACGGGAGCGGGCACCAAGCGAGCGAUCAGGCCCAGCGGCCAGCGAGCACAGCCACCGCAGUCACCAUUCACUGACCAGCAGCCUGCGCAGCCACCACACACACCCAAGCUAUGGCCCACCCGGAGUGCCCCCUCUCUAUGGUCCCCCGAUGCUGAUGAUGACCCCGCCGCCGGCAGCCAUGGGGCCCCCAGGAGCCCCUCCAGGGCGUGACCUGGCCUCGGUGCCCCCGGAACUGACGGCCAGCAGACAGUCCUUCCGCAUGGCAAUGGGAAACCCCACCAAGAAUUUCGGGCUCUUUGACUUUCUGUGAGUCCCCAGGAAGGGGAGGCCCAGCCUCCAAGGAGACCAGGAACUCUGCUUCAGCAGCCCCUCAGGGCUUCCCAAGGAUGUCCAACCCUCACACCCACACUACAAGGUCACUAGGCUUCUGGGAAGGACCUCAGCUUCCCCCAGGUCUAACAGACUGUUCUUCUCAGAGAGAAGUAGUGAAGUUUGCUUCCCUCCACCUCAUACACAUAGAUACACAUGUGAGUCUCUGUCUCUUUGUCUCUCUGUCUCUCUCUCUCUCUCUCACACACACACACAUGCCCAUGUAAGUUUACAUAAGCCUCAGGGCUGGUCCCUGACCGGAGGGCUGGACCCUUCUUCCAAGUCAUCCCUAGAUAGUGGGGCUGGUCCGUGACUGCCCUCUCCCCUUCUUGCUAGCCCUUAUGCUUCCCAUACAUGUUCCCAAUGUCUUUGUACUUGGCUAAAGCCCAAAAGAUGGGCUCCACAGAGGGCUGUCCAGGUGACUGACAGGCCAUUCUCUACUUCCCUCCUAUACCCCCACCCCCAUAUCCUUAUAACGGCAGGCCAGUUGAAGCUAUACAAGCAGACAACUGGGACUUCCAAACAGCUUCAGUUAUUUUUAAAAUUGUUUUCUACCUUAAAUCACAAAUUUCUCUUUAAAACUCUGCUAUAUAAACUCUGACUUAUCCAGACUCUUAACUUUUCAGGGCAAGGGUGUCAUCUGGGGACAUAGCUCUGUAGUGUCUGCCUAGCAUGCCCCAGCAAAUGUCUCCCCCCAUCAGGAUGUCCUUAGGCCAGGUUUGGGGGCAACCUGAGGUAGGGCUAUUUUGACAUUCAUUCAUUCGUUUAACACCUUUUCUGGGAUUUUAAUGAACAAAGGGCUAUGUUAGAAGCAUGAUUCGGUCUUAGCUGUCUUCGGUUCUCUCUAACUCUGCCUUUUCCUGUGAUCUUGAGAAUCCCUCGUCAGUGCUCGCUUGUGCGCUGGACGCCAGUACCCUUGUUAUCCUGUCUUUGGCUCACAUCUCCUUCUUUCCCACUCCCAUGAUAGUGUCAGCCAUUCUCUCCUUAAGCUGUUGAUAUGCUGGCCACUUCUAAAUCUGGAUCUCCAACCCCAGCUUCCCCUCUCUUUAGACCUGUUUUUAUUACCCACUGGACAUCUCCACAGGCAUGUCCAUAAUAGUCAAGCGUUAUUCCUCUUGAAUUCCUGUCCUGGUGACCUUCUUUACAAGCUACACCUACAUGGUAUUAGUCAGCAUCACACACCCUCUACUCUUGACACUCUGAAGGUCAGCUGUUCCUCUCCCUUUCUUAAUUUACAGAGCAUGGGAUUUGGAGUCAAGUUGGUCUGGGCUUGAGUUCUCAUUUUUGGUUGUGUAAAAGAGUUAUUUAACCUCUCUGGAGCCUCAGUCCUCCCAUAUGUAAAAUGAUGAUAAUAAUACCUACCUCACAGGGUUGUUGUGAGGAAUUAAAUUAGAUAUUGUACGAAAAGUGCCUAGCACAGUGCCUGGCACACAAUAGAGUAGGUGCUCAAUAAAUGGUAGCUAUUAUUAUUA